UGGCAGCGCGUGAGUUUUGUGGGUGGCCUCGACGACAUAACACUUCACACAUAAAAUAAUGACGGCGAUGCAGGCGGCGAUCAUGCAAGAUGAAGCGGCUGCUGCUUUGCUUGACGAGGAGGAAGCACCGUCGGAGGUGGUGAGAAUGCACAAGCGACAGAUGGAGGAAAUCUACGAUGUGCUCACUCAACAUCGCCAGGAUUUAUCAGCGGAGCUUUUGGAGGAGGGGGAGGAAGUGCUCAACGGAUGGGAGGAGGAGAUCCAACUGAACUUUUCCUUUCAACGAUUGGGUGCUACUGAGAGAGCACAGGUGAUGGCUGAGAUGUGCGAUUGCGCUGAAAUGAUAAGGAAACUGCAAGGAGUUUUCGUAGAGCUUUGGGAGGGGCUGCAUGUCAAGAUGACAUGUGGAGGUUCGAAACAGUGUAGCUGUGCGGGGCUUGUGGAGGGGCAAGUGCCUUGCGCUACGACGGCGGAUCGCUUGCAUGCAGUUGACGACGCUUGUAUUCCAAUUGCUCUAUCGAAUAAGGAGCUCGUCAUUUGUAGAAUGGAGUGGAGAUAGGGGAGUAGGUCCGCAUGAUUUGGAAGGAUGGAUUACAAAGGUAGAAUGGAGUGGAGAUAG